UCACCUUUGCUUGCAAGAGCACCAGGCGUCCUUAUCCAAUCACGCCUGGAAUGCAGCUUGCCACUUGGGCUAUUUCUGCUGUCUGUCGCUAUCGAACUGCAGCUCGAACACUUUGACACAUGGGAUGUUUUUUUUUUUCUUUUUCCCGUCUCCCGUUCUUUCCAGAUCCCUCUCUCUCUCUGCCUGAAGCUUGUGGGUUGAACUUUUAAGCUCCCUGGCAGCGCUUCACUGGUAGCUGUGAAACGAAACGCAGCCUCUGUCUGUGAGUAAGGGAAAGAGAGAGAAAGAAAGGAAAGAGGGUGGAUGAGCAAGACAGAGAGGGAGAGCAAAAAGGGGAUCAGACACACUGAACAGUGGGUGAGACAGAUCCAGGAAGAGCUGGUCAGAGACAGAUCAAGGAGGACAGGAGAAUGUCUCACCGGCUUCGGUUAUAUUUUGGAUCUGGACGCAGUAACACUGCACCAGAAUUGGAGGAGCUGAAUGGGACCGUGGAAGACAGAGAUGAGAGAGGCUACAGUGGCGCAGGGGCCAUGAUGUUCCAUGCGCAGCCGCGAAACGGAGGACUUGCUGAAAUCCCAGAGUUGGGUUCAGUUGAUGUUUCAGAUGCCUCUCUAAAGCGAAGCUCUUCCAUGUUCAUCCCACAGCUCCAGGGUCAAACUGAACCACGGACGACCAAGAGCACCUCUGUCCAGAUAUCUCUACAACGCUCAAAUGCAACUCAAGAAGAUACAUUGCCCUUUGAUCCUCCUCCAGGGUACCCUCAGGAUCCAGCUCCAGCCUACACUGAGCCUGGUGAAAGUUGGCACUUACCUCCACCUCCAGCUUACCAUAGAGAAGAAACCACAUACUGCCAGAAUGUGGAACAAAGUCAACCAGGUACUGAGCCCAUCCAACCUAAGAGGCAAGUCUUUUGUGUCCGGCCAUGUGAUGGACAAAAUGGUUAUGCUAGUUUGGGUGUACCCAAUGGAAGUCCUCAAGGGAUUACCAUUGGAGGUUUCAGUAUUCAGAGAAGAUCCGCAGAUGGCUCAGAUGUCCAGCAGUUUAGGAUCACGCCAUACAGCGAGGAUGGACAGAAUGGCCACCGUUGGUCUGUCCAGCAAAGCUCAGACAGAGGUCCUGGCAUGCAAAGACUCGUCUUCCAGCUUCAACAGGACCAAGGACGGCACCCAAGCCCUACUUCUCAGGCUGACACGAGUGAUUUAGGCAUCACAGGUUCUAAAGGCAGCCGCUUGGUGCGGUAUCCUAGGAUCCGACUUGAGAGGAGCGCUUCACAGCCGUUGCAAUUCAGAGGAGCUCCUUCACGCCUCGGAUCCAUGCCAAACCUUCAUGCCCCGAUCUCAGAAAUGGAGACUGAAAGUGAGAUUGUUGAGAACAGAGCUCAAGGCUGCACAUUCAAAAUUAGGAAGGAACAGAACUCGCGACAGCCCAAGUUUAAGAUCUAUUUCAGCCAGGGAGGCGAGCACAGCCCCAUUCUUGCACGGGAUAUUAGCUUUGGAAAGGCGCCUACCUGCAGCAGUCCACAGGGUCACAUUGGUCUUGAUCGGUUCAAGAAUGGGCAUUUCAACCAUGGUCAGACCAGAGAUGACUUCCUCGGGCAGGUGGAUGUGCCUCUUACCCAUUUACCAACGGAGGACCCUGCAAUGGAGCGGCCGUACACGUUUAAAGACUUUCUCCUGCGUCCAAGAAGUCAUAAGUCUCGGGUGAAAGGCUACCUGAGACUGAAGAUGGCCUACCUGCCAAAGAACGGAGGGCAUGAAGAGGAAAGCAGUGAGAUGAGGGAAGAGGCUGAGGGCUGGGAAGUGACAGACUCCACUGAUCCGGGUUCACAGAGACCUCAGCAGCUCCUGCCUCCGCUGCCUCCAGGCUGGGAAGAGAAGGUGGAUAACCUGGGCCGAACCUACUACGUCAACCAUAACAACCGCACCACGCAGUGGAAGAGGCCCAGUUGUGUGGAUGUGGUUUCAGAAACGGAAAAUGAUAAUAAUUUGCGGCAGAUUAACCAGGAAGCCCACAGAGUUUUCCGCUCUCGACGGCACAUUAGCGAAGACCUGGAAAAUGAGCAGCUGGACAUCAGGGACAUAGACGACUCAUGGGAACCCAUAUCAGAGGAAGACCCAACUUUAGUGACUGACGUUCUGAACCAUUCUCUGUCCGGACCCUCCUCUCUGGCAAUGCCCCUCUCCAGCACUCCAGAAUUCUCAGAUGAGAUCAGCCUUAGACUGUCUCUCGCUCCAGACACAAACGGUGAAAUCCCAGGACCCAGCUCUGCUGUGAGUCAUCUUUCCUCUCGGCUACGCUCCUCUAGUAUGACUGAUGGAGUCAGUGAUCAAACUCAACCUCCCACUCCAACGCAGAACUCCCAGACCCGACGAACAAGAGCACAAACGGUCACAGGCGUUGAGGACACCAUGUCUCCAUCAGCCUCCUAUGCUCUGACCACACCAGGCCUUCCGCCAGGCUGGGAGGAACGCAAGGACCCAAAGGGGCGAACGUACUAUGUCAACCAUAAUAACCGUAGCACCACCUGGACUCGGCCCAUUCUUCAGCACACUGAAGAUGGAGCCAGUACCUCAGCUGCGGCAGAAGGGGGCGCUACAGCAGCCACGCCCCCCGCUUCCACCCCUUCCUCCUCCAGCGGCCAUCUAAGCGAACCACAAGUGCGCAGACCCCGUAGCCUCAGUUCCCCCACGGUCACUCUCUCUUCCCCACUAGAGGGAGCCAAUAAUGCCCCAAUACGGCGAGCCGUAAAGGACACGUUUUCCAACCCUCAGUCCCCACAGCCUUCUCCCUACAGCUCACCAAAAUCCCAGCAUAAAGCAAACCAGAGCUUCCUGCCCCCUGGAUGGGAAAUGAGAAUAGCGCCAAAUGGACGGCCGUUCUUCAUUGACCACAACAGCAGAACCACCACAUGGGAAGAUCCACGCUUAAAGUAUCCCGUUCACAUGAGGACAAAAGCAUCCCUAGACCCUGGCGACCUCGGCCCACUUCCUAAUCUUCCAGAGGAGCCUGGGUGGGAGGAACGAGUGCACGCAGAUGGAAGAACCUUUUACAUUGACCACAACACCAAAAAAACACAGUGGGAAGACCCUCGCCUCCAGAGUCCUGCCAUAACUGGACCCGCGGUGCCGUAUUCUAGAGAAUUCAAGCAGAAGUAUGACUACUUCAGAAAGAAGCUAAAGAAACCGGCAGAUAUUCCGAAUCGCUUUGAGAUGAAGCUGCACAGGAAUAACAUCUUCGAGGAGUCAUACAGACGGAUCAUGUCCUUGAAGAGACCCGACAGCCUAAAGGCCCGUCUGUGGAUUGAGUUUGAAUCGGAGAAAGGCCUGGACUAUGGGGGCGUGGCCAGAGAAUGGUUCUUCCUGCUGUCCAAGGAGAUGUUUAACCCUUAUUAUGGGCUGUUUGAGUACUCAGCCACAGAUAACUACACCCUUCAGAUCAAUCCAAACUCUGGCCUCUGUAAUGAGGAUCACCUCUCAUACUUCAAGUUCAUCGGUCGGGUGGCUGGCAUGGCUGUGUAUCACGGCAAGCUGUUGGAUGGUUUCUUUAUUCGACCGUUCUAUAAAAUGAUGCUGGGCAAACAGAUCACACUGAAUGAUAUGGAGUCAGUGGACAGUGAAUACUACAACUCUCUAAAGUGGAUUCUGGAAAACGACCCCACAGAACUGGAUUUGCGGUUCUGCAUUGAUGAGGACAACUUUGGACAGACAUAUCAGGUGGAUUUGAAGCCAAGCGGAUCAGACAUGGUUGUAACCAAUGACAACAAAAAAGAAUACAUAGACCUGGUGAUUCAGUGGCGGUUUGUGAACAGGGUGCAGAAACAGAUGAACGCCUUUUUGGAAGGAUUCACCGAGCUCAUUCCAAUCGACUUGAUAAAGAUUUUUGACGAAAAUGAACUGGAGCUGCUGAUGUGUGGUCUGGGAGAUGUGGAUGUCAAUGAUUGGAGGCAGCACACCGUUUAUAAGAAUGGCUACUGUCCUAAUCACCCUGUGAUCCAGUGGUUCUGGAAGGCUGUGUUGUUAAUGGAUGCCGAAAAGCGGAUCAGACUUUUGCAGUUUGUCACUGGAACAUCCAGAGUGCCAAUGAACGGCUUUGCUGAACUCUACGGUUCCAAUGGGCCGCAGUUGUUUACUAUCGAGCAGUGGGGGACGCCUGACAAGCUCCCUCGUGCUCACACCUGCUUUAAUCGUCUGGACCUCCCGACAUACGAGUCGUUUGAAGACCUGCGAGAGAAGCUUCUGAUGGCGGUGGAGAACGCCCAAGGCUUCGAAGGCGUUGACUAAAGAAAUCCCUUUAUAUACACACGGUCUCCUAAUGCAACCGACGAGCAAAGACAUGUACAACACGCACACAUCUAUACUCACAUAUACACACUCUCGAGUUGCCAUUGUACAGCCAGAACCCAGCGGUCGCAGGUGUGUGAUGUCAACACAGUAUAUGCAUGUAUCUGUCUAGCUGGAAUGACAUUGGCUGUGAAUGCGUUUUGAUGCCAAACAGCCCUGCAGUAUCCCACAAAUCAUGUUCUCUCCCAACACUUUUUAUUUUUAAAUCCAGCUCUGAGGCCAUGGCAACUUUUAUAUUGACAGUAAUCAAAACUUCAGUAUUUGAAGGCCUCAGUGGGUGUGGCCUCAGAGUGGGCGUGGCCUUGAUACAGCAUAAAAACACAACCAAUCCCAUUUUCACAUUAACAUAAUAUAAGUUCCGCGAAGAGGCAACAAUGAACUCUCUUAUCAGGUCUUACUAACACCAGAUUACCUUAGGAAUCACAGCCAGGAUGAAGGGCGCAUCCUCAUCCUCCCUUAUCCCGCAAAGUACGCCAAGUUUCCCCUUCCUUCGUCGAGGAUUAUUUUUUUAUCUUCUUUUGCAAUGCCAAGAAGCAACGGGAUGUUGAUAAUUGUUUUUAAUAGUUAAUUAUUAUCGCUGUUAUUAUGAUACUGUUGUCAUUCUUACUGAGUAAACAGAUAUUUGUACCAACAAUGUGGUUUACUAUUUUAAACAAUGUUAUUGAAAAUGCAUCAAUGGCCUGGCUAUAUUCAAUUCAAUAUCCAUAUCAUCAUGGGUAAAAAAAAAAAAUAAUAAAAAAAAAAAGGGAAAAAAACAAACAAACAUGAUCAACAUGAUUAUUGUAUUGCUAUGAAAACUGGCAUGAACAUGUAUCUUGUGUUUCAAUAUGAUUACGUAGUAAUUAUAAAGCUAUUCUCCUUCUUGGUUGAGAGCAAAGAUCGAAAAAGUCAUGCAUUGGACAUGUAAAUGAGUUUGUCGGAGAGGGUUUUCUUCAAUUGUAAUAAGUAUUGUUCUUAUCUUAAUUAUGAUUAUACCUGUUCAUAAUGCUGUAAAUGAGUUUUUUUGAAAGAUGCGGUUGGACUCUUUUACUGUAUGUGUUAAAUCUGUUGGAAGUAUUAAAGAGCGACACAGAGUGUAGCUAUCUUAAAAGCGCUGUGAUUCAACACUGCAAGUCUCGUAGACUUUCAGGACGUAAACUUUCUUUCUGUCUUUAUUUCUUUCUAUCUUGUUCCUUCUAACACCACUGUACCUAUAAGGGCACUUUAUUGAUCACACACUAGGGUCAUGUCACCUGUUUUUUUUGUGAACUUGAAUGUGAUUAUCUAUUAUUUUCUUUUAAAAGCACUCAGUUACUUGGUGCAAUAUCUAUUGUUUAUAAUCGGCCUGCUGCUAACAUAUCAGAUCACAGCUCCUCCCUACAGCUGAUCUGGAGUCAGACUGACUCUUCAGUGUGAAACUGGAAGAGUCGACGUCUGGAUCAGCUCUGUAGGAGCAAGCUCCACCUGGAGUAAGACUUCAGAAUUUUUCUAUUUUCUUUUCCAGUCUUUUUUUCUGUACGCCUCCCCACUCACACUUUUCGGGCCGCUGUGGCUCUGUAGGUUUGUGAUAACAUUAUGAUUAUUGUUGUUGUUAUAAAUUACCCUUCCUCUUUUAUAGGGGCAGUUCUUUUUUUUAUUGAUGAGGAACAUUUACUGUCUGGUUCCUGCUCACCAUGAGACCUUGCGAUUCGUAUAACUUCGUUCAAAAUAAACUGAUAAAUGGAA